GGCGUGCGCGCUCGAAGGCGGCCCACUGCCGACGCCGGCACUUCCUGGUCGGAGCUAGCACAGCGGCGGCCGCGGUCGCAACGGGGUCUUGGGGGCCGUGUUCGCCGCCCCGGCCCCUUCUCCCGGGAGCGCGCGGGGCGGGGCGGGCGUCCUGGCUCCUGCCCCUCCCUCGGCGGUCACCUGGGGCCGAGCGCAGCAGGUUCCCGUGCGGCCACUUCGUCGCUUGUCUGGUGGGGCGCCCAGCGUGGGGGACGCGGAGCACGAGCCGGAGCUGCCGCGCCCCGGACCUUCGUGUGGCAUUUUGGUAUGCCAGGAACCAAAAGGAAGAUGAUUGAAGGCAGGGAAACUGAAAUAAAAUAGGAAGAUCAUCAGCCGAGAAAGACCUACUACUAGAAAAAAGCACAGUAAGUAUGUUUUGUUUUAAGAAUUAAUUGGGUUGUGAGUAGAAAAGCAGAGGCUGGGUCAGUGAAAAGAAAUUAUGGUUUGUUUUCUUCAGGCCCCGCUAAUAAUUCUAAAUUGGUCAGUCAGCUCACAAAACAAGCCGAAAGAUGCCCUGAAAAGGACUUCCACUGUAAGUCUUGUUGGAAAAUAAAGCAAAGCAGUUUUAUCAUAUAUAUUUCAGCAGGCCUUCUGAAAAUUCACUAAAAAUAUGACUGCUCUUUCUUCAGAGAACUGCUCUUUUCAGUACCAGUUACAUCAAACAAAUCAGCCUCUAGAUGGUAACUGUCUGCUAUUCUUGAUUAUACUUGGAAAAAUAUUAUUAAAUAUACUCACACUAGGAAUGAGAAGAAAAAUCACCUAUCAAAAUUUUAUGGACUAUUUUUGCAUUUCACUCGCAUUCAUUGAUCUUUUACUUUUGGUAAACAUUUCCAUUAUAUCCUAUUUCAGGGAUUUUGUACUAUUAGGUAUUAGGUUUACUAAAUACCACAUCUGCCUGUUUACUCAAAUUAUUUCUUUUACUUACGGCUUUUUGCAUUAUCCAGUUUUCCUGAUAGCUUGUAUAGAUUAUUACCUGAAUUUUUCUAAAACUGCCAAGCUUCCAUUUAAGUGUCAAAAAUUAUUUUAUUUCUUUACAGUGAUUUUAAUUUGGAUUUCAGUCUUUGUUUAUGUUUUGGGAGAUCCAUCUAUCUACCAAAACCAGAAGGCACAGAAUGUUUAUUCUUAUCAAUGUUCUUUCUACAUCAGCAUUCAAAGUUACUGGCUGUCCUUUUCUAUGGUGAUGGUUUUAUUUAUGGCUUUUAUAACCUCUUGGUCAGAACUUAUUAUUUUGGUACAGGCUAUUAAGAUAACUUCCUAUAUGAAUGAGACUAUCCUGUAUUUUCCCUUUUCGUCCCACUCUAGUUAUGCUAUGAGUUCUAAAAAAACACUCUUGCCCAAGCUCAUUAUCUGUUUUCUUGGUACCUGGUUACCAUUUGUACUACUACAAGUAAUUAUCCUUUUACUUAAAGUACAGAUUCCAGCAUAUAUUGAGAUGAACAUCCCAUGGUUGUACUUUGUCAAUAGUUUUCUCAUUGCUACAGUUUAUUGGUUUAAUUGUCACAAGCUUAAUUUAAGAGACAUCGCAUUACCUGUGGAUCCAUUUGUCAACUGGAAAUGCUGCUUCAUUCCACUUGCAAUUCAUAAUCUUGAGCAUAUAGAAAAGCCUAUAUCAAUAAUGAUUUGUUAAUAUGUUGCCUUGUUAAAACUAAUUAAAACUUAAAACUACAAUAAGAGUCGUAAUUUUACAAAACAGGAAAAAAUGAUGACUCGGGACAUAUAAAGAAUGAACUUUCACACCUUUUCAGAAUGUGUCUUUUGGGGCAAUGAUACUGUUUGUUUGUUUGUUUUUAACAAAAUAAUUCCAAGAAAAAAUUUUAUACCUGUUCAGGAAAACUGCCUAUUACAAAUAUUAAUUUAACACAAAAGUGAAGAGUUAACAUUUGAAUAUACUGAUGUUCGUGUUACCAAAAAACUACUGGAUGCAAACUGUCAUGUAAAUCUGAGAUUUGCCACCAACGUUAAGAUACAAACUUAAAACAUUUUUAUUAAAUUCAGAGCAAGAAAAUCGUUUUCUUGAAGUGACAUGGGAUGAAUAUUCUUUAACAUAAGGGGAAGAUUAGCUCAAUUUAAAUUUAGCUAAUUAAAAAAAAAAUCUAUCUCUGUUCUUAAUGCAGAUAUUCCUGGAAGCCAAGUUUUGGUUGCUUACCUUACAGAAUUGGGAGUAGUGACUAGGUGUCUUUCCAUGACAUACCAGAUUCAUUUUAAGUUAUAACUUGUAUGUCACUUGCAUGUCAAAUCAUAAUUACACUGGCAAUGUAUCACACUGUAAAAGUAAAGUAGAGUUCUUAUUCUUAGCAGUAUUAUUUUGGGUUGGAUAAUUCUUUGUUUUGGGGAGGCUGCCUGUGCAUUGUGGGAUGUUUAGCAGAAUCCCUGCCCUCUACCCAUUAGAUGCCAAUAGCACCUCCUUCCCCAGUCAAGAUAACCAAAAUGUCUCCAGACGUUCCCAAACCUCUGCUGGUAGGCAAAACUGCCCCCGGCUAAGAACUACUAGAGUAUAGCAAUUUGAAUGGCAGAAUAAUCUGAAGUCACUUUAUGACUUAAACUAUAUAGACAUUGUCUAAUCUGUCAAUGUCUAAACCUGGCUCUCUCUACUUCUCUUACUUUUCUUCGAAUGUAUUGCUUUUUAAUUGGCCAUAACAUGGGACUAAGACAAUUAAAAAAUAUAUUGUACUUAAUUAGUAAAGAUUUAUAUUCUGUGGAUUUUAAAUCAGGAAAAUUUUAUAACUAUUUCAAACCCUUCAUUACGCUUUUUGUAUUCCACAUGCUUCAUAAGCUUAAAGAAAAAAAAAGAAAUUAUUCAAUAGACCAGCCAAAUGGAAGAGGCUUUUAUUUGUAAAGAAAUGAACUUAUCAGCUGGUCUACAAUAUAUUAUUGAAUUAUAAACAAUAUAAAUAAAUGAUCCUGUAGGCCCACUAACUUCCAUCCAGACCCACAUGAAGCAAUGUUACAACAAUAUUCUAUGUGAAAAUAUGCAGGUAACAAAGGUGCAAUUACAAGCAAGUUUAAGCAGCAGAGUAUAAGGUGCUUUAAUUUAACAGUUAAUGUUGCCAUCAACAAACAUUUGAAUGCUUAAUUUUUACUGAAUACAGACACAACAAAUAUGAAAAUCUAAAAUUCAUACACAUGCUACUUGUUAAUAUGAAAGUGCCUUCUCUUUUUUAAAAAAAUACACCAAAUGAACAGUCUUUUUACAUAGAUCAUGAUGUGCUCUUAAUAAUGCAAAAUUAACUUCAUUUUCAGGUUAUACAUUUUAAAACUGUAGCUAUAGACACCAAUCUAGGAAUGCUACUGAUGCUAAGAGUGCUAAAACUAGUUAAUUUACUGUAAGGAGGACUCUAAUACAAUAUCCAAUGUAAAGAAUACAUCUAUAUAUAAUAACAUUUGUUUUCUGUAAAGGUAAAAACUGUUUUUUCCCGUUGGUGAUUCUCUGUUCAUCCUGGGUGGAUCAGCUUUUGAGGUUUUAAAAAUAUGAAAGUCCUACUUUAGAACAAUGGGAGGAACCAAAAGGAGGAAUUAAAAAAAUCAGUUAACAUGUGCUUGAAGCAUCAAAACUUAGUAUUAAAAAAAAAAAUCACAAUUUGUUAAAUCAGUUUAACAAAUUUUUUUAACACGCAAGAAGACAAACAGCACUAAUUCAGCAAAUAAGCCUGAAACGCCUGCCGGUACCGACCCUGCAGGGCGCUGGACUACCUGCAGCUCAGCCUCCACCAGCUCGCUCCUUACUCUGAGGACAGUUUUUGGAACCUACUUUGACUUUUUUCCAUGGAAAAAAAACAAAAAGACCAACCUUUCGAACUAGGUGAUUGGGAAUCUAGAUUAAGUGUCUCGAAAGUUAGACAUCCAAAAUUAUACCAUCUUUGCACACCCCACUGACUUUUUAAAUUUUAAGAAUACAUAUACAAAAAGUAUUUAUGCAACAUAUAUCUUAACAAUAUAAAACAUUUGAAAAAUUGGGUAAAUUAAAACAUUUUAAAAGUAAAUUUUAACCAGUGCCAUGGAAAAAUUUUUUAAACCAAGACUAUCAUAAGGUUAAUGCCAGUGUUUGUUUUCGUUUGUUCUAGACUCUAAUCUAACCUGUAUUUGGACAUUUUCCUGGUUCAUAAAGAAAGCUAUGACUGAUGCAUAAAAGAUCUUUUUAAUAUUAGAUAUUUUCAUUUUUUAUCUUUAUGGAGAAUGUUAUAUCAAGCAAUGUUAGUUUGUAAAGCUGUGUCAGUUAAGAAUUCACAGAAUCCUCAAGUGGUAAGGAAUCUCUACCCAAUUAAUAAUCGAUCCCAUUCAAUGUUUACUCCCCAAAUAAUUACCAGUUUAAACAUGGAACUGUUUUAUGUUUACCAGUCCUGCAGUUUAAAGGAAACCCUUUUCCUAUGUAAUGUGUGCUUUCUAAAAAGUAAAUAUGUGGAAUAACAGUAAAAUUUAUGUAAUCUUUCUUGCUUUAGAAACAAACAAAAAACCAAAAUAAAAAACAAACCUGUUCAGCGAUCUCCUUUGAGGUUUUUCAAUUUUAAAAAAUUACUUCUGUCAAUACUGGGUGUAAAGCUUUUGUAGUUGAAAAAUGUAUAGUCAGCACCUGCUUCUUUGUAUUGUUCUAUCACACACUCUGCACAGCAACACCUCUUGAAUAGAUUCAAGUGUCAUAAUAAUUCUUAGAAACACGGGCUAUCACAACGUCUCAAAAUGUAAAUCCUUAAUGUUAGGUG